AACGGAGACGCUAAAUAAAAUGGUCUGGGGUUCUGUGUGCAUAGAGAUUUUGCUCCCGCUUAUUUUCGGCCAGGUGCUUGUCCAGGGUCCAUAAUGGGUCCUGCGCUGAAGCAAGAUCGUGAAAAUCAGCCACCCAGUGAUGCAUAUGAUGUGUUCAUGCAACAGCACUUGCAGCACUAUGGAUUCUUCUCAGGUCAAAAAAGAGCUCAGUUUAACAGGUUUCUACCUCUAUGGAACUGUGAGACGAACCAUGGAUACUUUUUGCAAGGUGUUGAUGGACUAGAAAACAGACUGUCUGACGGCGGACUGGAGAACAGAGAUUCUGAUGGAGAAGAGGACAGAAAACCAACUUAUAAAAUUUCUUCAAAGACAAAGCAGCUUUUAUUUAAUUAUUUAGAAGGGAAAUAUAUUCCACGUUUGUGUGAGCCACGCAGUUUAUAUGCAGUGCCUACCAGUGGACCACUGCAGCCACCACGCUGGCCAAUUGAAUGUGAGGUCAUCAAGGAAAAAGUUCAUCACAUUGAAUGGAUUCCUAAUGAGCCUGAGAAGUUUUACCAACCAACAGGAUAUGAGAGAACACCGCAUGUUGUUGGAGAGGAGAGAAAAAGAGUUGUCUUCUUUGUUGAUCCAGCAACAAAAGGUUCUUACUUCAACUGUUCACGUGUUGGUGGAUGCAGAGGACCCAUUAAGCAAGCUGCUGUCCGAUUGAAUGGAACUGAAGAUGAUCCCCUACUGUUUGAGUCCAGGUUUGAGAGUGGAAAUCUACAAAAAGUGGUCCAAGUAGGACGUUAUGAUUAUGAGCUUACACUGCGGACUGACCUCUACACCAACAAACAUACCCAGUGGUAUUACUUCCGAGUUCAAAAUAUGAAAGCAGGUGUUUUGUAUCGCUUCACUAUUGUCAACUUCAUGAAAUCUAACAGCCUGUAUAACCUUGGAAUGAAACCCCUUAUGUACUCUGAGAGAGAGGUGCAGACAAGAAAUGUUGGCUGGCAGAGGGUAGGGAGUGGUAUUAAGUAUUACAAGAAUUCAGUCACUGAUGAAGGCAGAUCUCUGUAUUCUAUGACCUGGACUUUCCAGUUUCCACAUGACGAUGACACAUGCUACUUUUCUCACUGUUAUCCAUAUACCUACUCUGACUUGCAGAGCUACCUACUGAAUGUCGCUAAUAAUGCAGUUCUUUCACAGUUCUGUAAAGUCAGAGUUCUGUGCCGAAGCCUAGCUGGUAAUAUGGUGUACAUUUUAACAAUUACCUCACCCUCUCAGAAUCCCUAUAUGGCAACUGCAAAAAAAGGUGUUGUGGUGACGGCAAGGAUUCACCCUGGAGAAACCACAGGUUCGUGGAUGAUGAAGGGCUUCCUUGAUUUUAUCUUGGGUGACAGUGCUGAUGCCCACCUGCUGAGGAAAAUGUUUGUUUUUAAAGUUGUUCCCAUGUUAAACCCAGAUGGGGUGAUUGUAGGGAAUUACCGGUGUUCACUUGCUGGAAGGGACCUGAAUCGAAAUUACCAAACUUUGUUAAAGGAUGCCUUUCCCUGUGUCUGGCACACAAAAAACAUGAUUAGAAGACUUAUAGAGGAGCGAGAUGUAGUGCUUUACUGUGAUUUGCAUGGACAUAGUAGAAAGAACAAUGUCUUCAUGUAUGGCUGCAGCAAUAAAAAACAGCCUGUGACCCUUAUGGAGCGGGUGUUCCCCCUCAUGCUCAGUAAGAAUGCGGCUAAUAAGUUUUCGUACAAGAGCUGCAAAUUUAAGGUUCAGAAGAAUAAGGAAGGGACUGGUCGUAUCGUGAUGUGGAGAAUGGGGAUUCCUAACAGUUAUACAAUGGAAUCGACUUUCAGUGGUUCAUCACUAGGUGAUCGGAAAGGUACUCAUUUUUCCACAAGAGAUCUCACUUUCAUGGGACAGCACUUCUGUGACACGCUGCUUGAUUUCUGUGACCCAGAUCAAUCAAAGGUUAUACAGUGUUUGGAAGAACUUCAGGAAAUGGUACAGCAGGAAAUACGCCUCAAAUUGGAGAAACUUGGUCACAGUUUAGUAUCAGAAGAAGACCUAAAAAAUAUUUCCCUUUCUGAUUUCGAAUCGAGCACAAGUGGCUCAGACAGUUCGGAAUCAGAUGGACUGCCUGCACAUCUGCUCAGUAUUGCUGAAAAGUUAAAGGAGAAGAAGAAAAGUCUAAGAACAAGAAAAGAGAGGAACAGGUUACUCCACAGAGUCCACCAAAACAACAAACAGCAGCGACACCAGGGAGAGAGCAAGGAGAGUGCAACACCUCCAAGUGACAAAAAGGCAAUGCUUUUGAGUACUUCCUGGAAGAGACAGAUAGGGGACAGAAAGAAGGAGAAAGAGAAGAUGAAUUCUCGUGUCUUAACUGGUAGUUCUGGCACUGUCUCCUGGGCAACCCUGCCAUGUUCCGAAACAUCUUUCAACAGUAAAGAAAAUUAUAUGGACAGCAAAGUGAAACAGAAUGACUAUCUUGAGGCCAUAACUGCAGCCUACUUGAAAAGCAAUGUACUGGCAACAAGCAACGAGCUUCCUAAAGGAGUGCCUCAGUUACAGUAUUCACAAGGAAGAAUGGAGGCUGGCUGGCAUGCGAUGCCAUUGAUUACAACUUAUCAGGUGCUUCACAUCAGAUAUUGGAAAACAUAG